UUGAUAACAUAAGUCCCUAUCGGUUCCAAUGACUAAUUGUCACCUUGAAUGUUAGAGACAGUUUAAAUCCGACGGUUCCGUGUGCUGAAAACCAGCAUGAAAGAAGCCUGGGAAAAGAAUCGCAACCUCUAAGUCCAGCGACAUAAUCCUCAUAAGCAGAGGAAGAAAUAUCCACAGUCAACAUCCCUCGUCUUAGCCAACCAAUAUGCUCUCCACGCCAGUAAAUCUCCCAAAGUGGCUUGAGGAGAACGCCCAUCUCCUAAAGCCACCCGUCAACAACUACUGUGUCUACAACGAAGAUUUCACAGUUAUGAUUGUUGGUGGUCCCAACGCCCGGACCGACUACCACAUCAAUCAGACCCCAGAAUGGUUCUACCAGUACAAGGGAGCCAUGAUGUUGAAGGUCGUUGACGAUGGUAAAUUUAGAGAUAUCAUAAUCCGCGAGGGAGAUAUGUUUCUCUUGCCAGGAAAUACACCUCAUAACCCGGUGCGUUUUGCCGAUACCAUUGGUGUGGUACUCGAGCAGAAACGGCCUCAGGAUACCAUCGACCGUAUGCGUUGGUACUGUCAGGAAUGCGGUGAGAUCGUCCACGAGGCUGCUUUCCACUGCACAGACCUUGGAACUCAGAUCAAGGCUGCCAUUGAAAAGUUCAUGUCGAGCGAGGAGAAUCGGAAAUGUGGAAAAUGCGGCGAGAUAGCCAAUUCUGUACCCAAGCCUGGGACCAUCAUCGACCCAAAUUUGGAGUAAGGAUUAGUGUCGUGUAUUUGAUCUUUAUACAGACAAUAAUAUGUGUGCCCAAGCGUGCCAAUGCCCCCCUUGAACAAA